CUUAGUGCUUAACGCUGCUUUAAUGUAUCUUGACAUAAGGUUAGCUCGGCCUACUGGUAUUGCAUUUGCAUUUGAUUUAGCUGUUAACAAGUUUGUUAUUGAGGCUGCAUGGACAAGAAGAUCGCGGAGUGAAGCUGCAAAAAGGCCCAACAGGAAAUCAUGGAAACAAAGGACGGAUAUGUAUUUGAGACCUUUUUUGCUAAACAUUUUCUUUUCAAAACGAUUUAUCCAUGCAAAAGUAAUGCAUCGAGGAACCAGCAAGGUGAUCUCUGUUGCUACCACAAAUGCGAAAGACUUAAGGAACUCAUUGCCUUCCCUUACUGACAACAACGCUGCCAGGGUGAUAGGCAAGUUGAUUGCAGAGCGAUCAAAAGAAGCUGAUGUCUAUGCCAUUGCAUAUGAGCCCGGGAGGAAUGAGCGAAUAGAAGGUAGACUUGGGAUUAUUCUUGACACUAUCCAAGAAAAUGGCAUCAUAUUUGUUUAA